AUGAUUAGAAGAAAGAAAGGAGAAAUUAAAGAAUGUUUUAGAAAUCUUCAAAGCAGAAGUAUCACAUGUUUAAAUGAAAUAGACAAACAAAAUCAAAAUCAAAAUGAAGAAGAAAGAAAAGAAAAGGAAGAAGAAAUAACUAAAAUGUAUGAAGGAAUUAUGGAAGAUCUCAAAGAAGUAAGUGAAACAUUUCGAUUAAGAGAUAUAACUAGAAAUGAAGAAUGUGUUGAAGUGAUGAAGAAAUGUAAUGAAAUAAUGAAGAGAAGAAAUGAAUAUUAUGAAGAAUACAAGAAAGUGUAUCGAGAAAUAGUUGAAAUAGAAAUUUCAAAUAUACCAAUAAAAGAAGGAAUUGAAUUUUGUUGUAAAAUCACAGAAGGAGUUUAUUAA